AUGUGUAUCUGUGUGAAGGUGCCGGAACUCUUGGAGCUUGAUGGGGUAAUAUGCCAGGAGAGCUACGCAGGGAAACAGAAAGCCAAGGUCAGUGGCCCUGAUUACCUGCCCUGGGCGUGGAGAGGAGGGAGGGCUGGAGGGGCCAAGUGUCUCAAACCUGUCUGUCUGCUGCCAGCCCUACAGCUGCUGCUGUGGCACAGUGUACUCUGGGCAGGACAAGAGGCCGCUCCGCUAGUCUCUGUCACCUCUCUGCCACCACCCCUGCCUUUGCCCCGGAGCUUCCUACUUAAGUCCUUGGAGCAAGUGAGGAAGAUUCAGGCUGGAAACUCGGUGCUGCUGGAGCAGUUGUGUGCUACCUACAAACUGUGCCACCCGGAGGAGCUGGUGCUGCUCGGCCACUCGCUGGGUAUCCCGCAGGCCUCUCUGAGCCGCUGCUCCAGCCAGGCUCAGCAGCUGACAAAGUGCCUGAGCCAGCUCCAUGGAGGACUCUUCCUCUACCAAGGCCUCCUUCAGGCCCUGGCAGGCAUUUCUCCCGAGUUGGCUCCCACCUUGGACGCGCUGCAGCUGGAUGUUGCCAACUUUGCCACCACCAUCUGGCAGCAGAUGGAAAGCCUGGGGGUGGCCCCUACGGUGCAGCCCACUCAGGGCGCCAUGCCCACCUUCACCUCUGCCUUCCAGCGCCGGGCGGGAGGUGUCCUCGCCACUUCCCACCUGCAGAGAUUCUUGGAGACAGCUCACUGUGCUCUGAAGCACCUGGUCCAGCCCUGAGCAAAGCCCUUUCCAGCUAUCUUAUUUAUCUAUUUAAUAUUUAUGCUUAUUUAAACCUACUAUUUAAAGAUGGAGAAGAGAAAAUGGAGCACCAAGCUUCUAGGCUCUUCUCUCCACUCCUGAGUUUUGUUCUCCUGCUUGCAACAGAGAGGAGAAGCUCUUGAGUCCUCUGGCCCCCAGGGCUGGAGGAGAUAGGUAAAUACCAAGUAUUGAUUCCUGAGGCUGCUCCAGGCACCCAGUCUGUGGCGGUACACAAGAGCCGCAGUGAGCCCCACCACCCCUGUCUCAGGGGCCCCGGCAGCACCAGGAGGUCUCCCUUUUGGGAGACAAGACAACCCUGUUUAAUAUUUAAACAGAAGUGUUCCCAAACUGGGUUUUUGUAUCCCUUGCUUUGCUCAACCACAUCGCACUUUCCCUGUCCCCAAAGCGGCAGAAGCAGCCAGGUUUGGCCCUGGAAUUUACUGGAUUCUUUGUUAGGGCCUUCCUGGACUGGGGAGGGGGGCGGGUAAGAGAGAAAAGGCAGGAGGAACCCGCGGGGAGGGUAAGGCAGGGAAGCCUACCUGUCUAAACUCCCUGUAGGCCCCACUUGCUUACU